ACGCCUUUGGUGCGUAUGGCGUCGCCUCGCCCGCCAAGGCGUCGCCAAGGCGUGGGGGGACGCCACACGAGCGGAAGGCGGACGCGUGCGCGGGAAAAAAUGUGCCAUCCCCUUGCGCGCGCAGGGGAAAAGGCGGGAAAUCGCCCGCCUAUACUCCCGCGCGCGGGCCGCCGCAUCGCUGCAACGCGCGAAAGGAGAGAGAGAGAGGAGGAAAGAGAGAAGAGGGGGGAGGGGAGAGAACAGGGCGGCGACCUGGAAUCCGACGGCGCGCGCCUGCUCCGCCCGUCCGCCGAUUCAGCUGCUCCACGAGUCCACGGCCUCUGCUCCGCCCAUCUACCGGCUGGACCACGGGCUACGGACUCUGCUCCGCCCAUCCGCCGGCAGGACCACGGCCUGCGGCCUCUGCUCCACCCGUCCGUCGGCCGUCCGCCCAUCUGCGAUUGAAGCCCGAGCCGACCUGUGCUCAGCCCGUCGUCUUGUCCACCGAUUGACGCCUGCAGAUCGGCGGCCGCGCCCCGCGUCUCCAGCCUCUACUGCCGAUUGAAGCCUCCGCCUGCAGAUCGACGCCUCCAACCUCUGGAGCUCUGCCCCCCAUCGAUUUGUGGCUGAUUCCUUCCUCUGCUCCGCCUCUCUGCCAGAGCCCAGAGAUGCAGCAAUCAAGAAAAUGCUUUCAGCAUUGGAUGAUCCAUUCACUCGUUUCUUGGAACCUGAGAAAUUGAAGAGCUCGCGGGUAUAAAACUCAACCAUUGGCUUCCCCAGAAGCCUACAAUGCAGUUAGUAUAAUUCAUAAAGCAUGCAAUCGUCUUUUCUGAAGGAAGUCUGGUACGCAAGGCGCACUCACGGGUGUAGGUUUAUCGAUUGGUUACCCAAUGGCGAUUAAUGGAUCACCUUCAGGAGUUUCUGUAAUGACAGCCACCCCAGAUGGUCCUGCGGCUGGCAUUCUUCCUGGAGACAUCAUUUUGGCAAUUGACAUUUAUGAGGCAGAUGGAGCCGACACAAUUGUUGCAUCAGAACCUUUGGUUGUGCUGGUAAAUAAAGGAACUGCAAGUGCAAGUGAGAUCCUUGCUGGAGCACUGAAAGACAAUAAAAGGGCAGCCGUUUAUGGGGAACCAACAUACGGAAAAGGGAAGAUUCAGUCGGUUUUUGGAUUAUCUGAUGGAUCUGGCUUAGCUGUGACCGUAGCACGCUAUGAAACUCCUGCACACACCGACAUAGACAAGGUUGGUGUGAUCCCAGACCGACCACAGCCAGCGUCAUUCCCUACAGAUGAAGAUGGCUUCUGCAGCUGCCUUAGGGAUUCGACGGCUCCUUGCAAUCUGAAUGCCGCGCAGCUGUUUGCGAAAUCAUGACCAGACCCUUUUCUCAACAUUUUGGGUUGGAUGGGUUGUACAGACAAGCAUUGUGGUUCCCAUACUUGUGCGUGGCCGUGUUGGCAGUUUAUCAUCUAUUCAUUUCCUUCACAUUGCCUUUGAUUCCAAUUUCGUUGUAUGUGUAAGAUGAAAAGUAUUUGCUUCCGAGUGUAGCCAUGGUCGUCUUGAACAGAUCCUUGCUGCAACAAUAUGAAUCGAAGAACUGACAAACUCUGCUACUUCCACUUCUUUUGUGCUGUUUCUGCAGCAUGCCUGCAUCGUCCCUCCGUGAUCUGACCUUCCGGGCCGGCGUGCAUUUACUGUGGUCUCGGACAAAAAUUUUGGACAGGAGCUUUCUAUGAAUCUAAGCCAGUGAUGAAGCUAUAGCUGGAGACAUGGGGCUCUGCUGGCGCCUGGGGUGGUCGGGAAAUGAAAUACCAACCAGACCUGAAAGCAUGAAAGAUCUCAAAGAUCAUCACAAGA